AUGGCAUCAGCUUCUAUUAUUUAUGAUGAUAUUCAUAAAGAUUGCUUCUUUUAUGAAGAGAAACGUGACAAAGAGUUUUAUGAAGAACAAGCUGAAAAAUGUGAAAAGUUUAUUAAUGCUAGUCGCAAAGAGCAAGAAUUAUUAGGAAAAGAAAUAGAGGAAUUAUUAAAGACUUACCAUUCAAAACAACAACAAUAUAAUCAAUUACAACAAAGAAAAGAACUAAUAAAAGAACGAUUAAAGGAGUUUAAUGAUUAUAUUGAUCAUUACAGUGGAGAUGAACGAACGGCUAAAGAAUAA